AUGCAUGGUGGUUUGUGCGUCCUCAAUACGCUAUCCUCAUUAAGGAAUAGCGUCAUGCCAGGUGGGAAUCGUGGCUUAUCUCAGCUAGCUCAGCCGAUUGGGGAGAGAAGAGGCGAAGCCCCGACAGAGGCAGAGCCCCUGAUACCCUUGCUAUGGCGCUCACGCUAUCUUUCUAGCCAAUAA